AUGAGUGAUCGCGAGGAUUAUAAAAUAUACGUCGGGAACUUGGCCUACGAUGUAACAGAAAGAGAAGUGCGACGACAUUUUGAAAAAUACGGAGAUGUUGACGAGGUCUUCAUUGCCACAGACAGAUAUACACGUCGUCCAAGGGGAUAUUGUUUUGUGACAUUUCGUGAUAUUGAUGAUGCAAAAGAUGCUAUUCAUUCUGCAAACAAUACACAAUUUGCUGGAAGGGAAAUCAAUGUCCACAAAGCAUUACCUAAAAGAUCAUCCAGAUAUGAUGACCGUAGACGGCGUUCUGCCAGUCCAAGAAGGCGAUCGAAAAGUCCUCAAAGAAGAUCCAGAAGUCCUCCAAGAAGGUCCAGAAGUCCAAGAAGAAGGCCAUCUAACAGCCCUCCCAGGCAAUCACCUGGUAGCCCACGGCGAAGGUCUGCUAGUCCCAAAGGACUUUCUCCUAGUCCCAAAAGGCGAUCAAACAGUCCGGGAAGGAGAUCCUCAAGUGGUAGCCCACGUGGAAAAUCUCCAAGCCCAAAUUAA